AUGGCUCCCCCGGCCCCCGAGAGCGCCUCGCCCAUUGGCAUUGCCAAUCUGCCCAACCAGCGGCACAAGAUUGUCGCCAAGCGCGGUGCCAGCUUCACCAUCAUGGUCGCUGGCGAGUCGGGCCUGGGCAAGACCACCUUUAUCAACACACUCUUCUCCACCACCAUCAAGAACUACGCCGAUCACAAGAAGCGUCACCAGAAGCAGGUCGACAAGACUGUCGAGAUUGAGAUCACCAAGGCUGAGCUCGAGGAGAAGUUCUUCAAGGUCCGCCUGACUGUCAUCGACACCCCCGGCUUCGGCGACUAUGUCAACAACCGUGACUCUUGGAUGCCCAUCAUCGAGUUUCUCGACGACCAGCACGAGUCCUACAUGCUUCAGGAGCAACAGCCCCGUCGCCAGGACAAGAUUGACCUCCGUGUCCAUGCUUGCCUGUACUUCAUCCGCCCUACCGGCCACACUCUCAAGCCUCUCGACAUUGAAGUCAUGAAGAGGCUCUGCUCUCGCGUCAACCUCAUUCCAGUGAUUGCCAAGGCAGACACCCUCAGCUCGGCCGACCUUGCCAAGUUCAAGCAAAGAAUCAUCUCCGUCAUCGAGGCACAGAACAUCAAAAUCUACCAGCCUCCGAUUGAGGAGGAUGACGAGGCUGCCGCUCAGCACGCCCGCAGCCUCAUGGCUGCCAUGCCGUUUGCCGUCAUCGGCUCCGAAAAGGACGUCAAGACGGGCGACGGCCGCAUCGUCAAGGGCCGCCAAUAUUCGUGGGGUGUUGCCGAGGUUGAAAACGAGGAUCAUUGCGACUUCAAGAAGCUGCGAUCGAUCCUGAUCAGAACGCACAUGCUCGACCUCAUCCACACCACCGAGGAGCUUCACUAUGAGGCCUACCGUGCGCAGCAGAUGGAGACCCGCAAGUUCGGCGAGGCUCGUCCCAGAAAGCUCGACAACCCCAAGUUCAAGGAAGAGGAAGAGGCCCUGCGGAAGCGCUUCACCGAGCAGGUCAAGAUCGAGGAGCAGCGGUUCCGCCAGUGGGAGCAGAAGCUCAUUUCCGAACGCGACCGCCUCAAUAAGGAUCUCGAGCAGACCCAUGCCCAGAUCAAACAGCUCGAGGGCGAGCUCGAGGCGAUGCAGGGCAGCGCCGUCCGCAGCCACGGCCGUCGCUAA